GACAGUGGCAGCAUGAGACUGAGACAAGGGCCCGGACACCCGGGGGGCCGGGACGGGCCGGCCCCCCCGCCGUGCCAGGAGCCCCAGUGCUUCGACCUGCUGGUCCGGGGCUGCGUGAGCUGCAGCCUCCUCCGGACGCCCCAGCCCAAACCCGCCUCGCCUCCCUCCGACCCUCCCCUCCCCGCGCCCUCCCUCCCCUGCGCCCCCUGCUCCCCGUCCCUGUCCCCUCCGCCAGCAGCCGGCGAGAGCAGCCAGGCGCCCUGGACAGCGCUGCAGCCGCUGGGGUCGGUGGGCUCGGGCGCGGCGGAGCCCGAGGUGGCGCUGCGGCUGCCGGCGCUGCUCUUCGGCGCCCCCGUGGGGCUGGGCCUGGCGCUGGCCCUGGUCCUGCUGGGGCUGCUGAGCUGGCGGUGGCGGCGGCGGCCGCUGCUGAGCCGCGCAGCCUCCACGGAGGCGCGGGACACCCAGCAGGACGAGCUCCUGGAAAACAUCGUCAUUGUGGCCCCUGGGUCCCCGGAAGACCCAGCUCCCACCUCGCCUCCACCCAGAGACGACCCAGCCACCACCCUGCCGGCCCACAGCGUCCCUGUGCCAGCCACAGAGCUGGGCUCCACGGAGCUGGUGACCACCAAGACAGCUGGCCCCGAGCCGCAGUAGGGACCAGCGGGCAGGGAGGCUGACUCGGCACCGCCCUCCAGCGCCCACCCACCUGCCCACUGCUGGAAGCGGGGCUGUCCCCUGCCUCGGCCUGCAGAGCUACAGGCCACAGACGUCAGCUGGCCUGGUGCCAUAGGGCAUGCCCGCGGGUGCCUGCAAACUGCCCCCUCGGGCAGCCCCCGGAGGCUGGACCCCUGGCGGCUGCGGGCUGGGGCACCGAGGAGGAGGCUUCCCUUUCAGGGUGGGGAAGCCCCCUUUAAGCAGAUCAGGUGGGAGGAAGCUGCACUGGCAGCUGUGCUGUGUCUAAUAGCUGCUCCGGACCUGCUCUGCCCCUGGCCUCUGCCCACAGCGCCGGGCCCCGUUGGGUGGGUUUGCUCUGGGAUUUUCCAUGAUGACUGGACUGUGUCAGCCUGAGCCCGGCCCCCUUACUGCAAGGCCAUUUCCACUCCGGUGGCAACUUCCAGCGCCUCGGCACGCUCGGCGGAGGGCAUCCACAGCGGCUGGGGCUGGGCUGCAAGCCCCUGCGGGACAUCGCCAGUGACCACCGGGAGUCCCGGCUGCUGGCCAGGCACAUGUGGCUGUCCACAGGGCUGGGCCCAGGACCCGCAGGGGGCUCCUUUGUACAGAGGUCUGAGGUCUGGACCCGGUUGGACUGGAAGCUCCUGGAGCCCCCUCCCUUUUCUGGGCCCUGAGUGCUGGGGUUCCCCGGCUAUUCUGUGCCAGCACCCGGGGACUCCCCAUCACAGUGAGACUGCUUCUCUGACCACCGCGCCUCUUGCUUGGGGACCCGGAGUGAGACCACCUCGGCCACGAUGGGUCCAGGCGGCCUGCACCAGACUAGAUCUCCAGACCCAGGCUGUGCCCUGGAGAGCAUCCUUGGAACUUGUUGGAAGGAGCACUGGGCUGGGGUCAGAAGACGGGGCUCAGGGUAGGGUAGGGUUCUGUCCCACCGGGGGGCCUCAGCUGUGCGCUACCCCAGCCUCAGACCUCAGACGCUCUCCACCCACCUCCCCUUGACCUGCCCAUCAGAGCUACCCACCGCGCCCAGCUCAGAAGAGGGCCUUCUCCAGCUCCCUGCUCGAGGCCUCUGCAGCUGCCCUGCAGCCGCCGGACAAGACUCACCCCACCCAGUCCCCUCAGCCACGCGCCCGUCCCAGCGCUGAUGCCCCUCCCACCCACAGCACCAGCCACCCGUGUGGUGUGGUCAGCUGUGGCAGGGGCCCUGUCCCGAAAGACUGGGUCAUCUCCCCCUCACUCUGGGGCGGGGGACGGAGCCGUGACCUGCCACCCAUCUCGUUGCCAUCGCCGGAAGCUGGGCCCUCCCUGGUGGUGAAAUGAGUGGGCGAAACUCCUCUGGGCCCAGACAUGCAAAGCGCUGGUGCCACCGUGUCCUGCUGCCCUGCUCCUUUUCUGAAGCAUGCAGUGCAGGAUGCCCCGUCCUCCUGGACAGGGGCCCUCGGGGGGGGGGGUGAGUAAGUGCAUCUACUGCCUCAUCUUGACACUUUGCAGGGCUCAGGACAGCGGCCCAGGACGGAGCAUGGAGACGCCAGCCCUAAAUGGCCACCCCAGCACGCACAGGGCUUCCCGCUUCUAGUCAAAAAUUUGUAGCUUGGCCAGCACCUUUGGUGUGUUUUCCUUCUUUAACACUGGGCAAGCGAAGUUUCCCACAUCUGGUUUUGUGUUUUACUGCUGUAACUGACGGAGCACCCAGAGUGUGGCCACAGAAAGCCUCGUCCUUUUAGAGGUCGCCUGGCGGCCUAGGGGCUGUCUCUGCACUAUCACCUGAGCUUGACAGGGCAGCAGGCCUCUCCUGGUCCCCACUGACCCUCAGCAGUGUGUUUCCGUAGAACUGCCUGUUCUGCUCCC